UUUUGCCACCGUCGAAUUCUCGCCCGAUCUCGUACGCAACCUCACGCUCGGUUUUCGAACGCGGACACGUCGACGAUGACGGUGAGUGAAGUGCAGAUAUGAACUUCGUGUUUGAGUGAUUUUUUCGCCAUCGACGUCGGAUAGUACUCUUGGAUAUCUUCCCAGCGUCGGUCUUUCAAAAACAACAAGAAGCCACCGGUCCGCAGUCGACGAUCGACAGCUACGAAGAUGUGAUUGUUUUCAGAUGACAAAAAAGCCCUAAUAAUCUCGGAGGAACAAUGCUCGUGAGUGCGCUAUUGAACGGCGGCACGUUUCUGUGCUUGACUUUAAUUUUUGCCGCCGGAGGAGCAUCGCCAGCGAAAAUCCAGCAGCAGCAACAACAACAACAACAGCAGCAGCAGGAAAAAUUGCAGGAUCAGGAGUAUUGGUACGAACAGGCGAGGAUAGCGCUCAGGAAACGUCUGCAAUACGCCUCUGACAGACGCCCCCACGCGAAGAAUGUUAUACUCUUCGUAGGGGACGGUAUGGGGGUGGCGACGACCACGGCCGCCCGAAUUCUACGGGGCCAGAGGAUGGGUAAAACGGGCGAAGACCACGAGCUCGUUUGGGACUCUUUCCCAACGGUAGCGCUGGCUAAGACGUACAACAUGGACGCGCAGAUUGGAGAAUCGUCAGCUUGCGCGACGGCGCUGAUGUGCGGCGUCAAAACCAACUUCGAGACUGUCGGAUUGGACGCGAGGGGGCGUUUCGAGAAUUGCUUUUCGAGUUUUUCUUCGAGGGUGCCAUCCCUGAUCGACUGGGCUCAGGAAUCAGGAAAAUCGACAGGCAUAGUGACGAACACGAGGAUAACGCACGCAACUCCUGCUGCCCUCUACGGUCACGCUCCUUCGAGGUAUUGGGAAGAUGAUUCGAAGGUGCCCCCCGCGUCGAGAAAGUCCUGCAAGGAUCUCGCCAGGCAACUGAUCGAAAACGAUCCCGGAAGAAAUAUUAAUGUGCUGCUGGGCGGCGGCCGCCGCCACUGGCUUCCGAAAGUGGCCCACGAUCCCGAGCAAGUAAAAGAAGAAGGCAGACGUCUGGACGGACGCAAUCUCAUCGACGACUGGAUGCGGGACAAAAGGAAACGAGGUUUAAAAACAGACUACGUUUGGAACAAAGGCCAACUUGACAAAAUUAACCCGAAUCAGAUUGAUUACUUACUGGGUUUAUUUUCGUACUCCCACAUGGACUUUGAAGCUGACCGGGAUACGGGACCCUCAGGAGACCCUUCGCUCGCCGAUAUGACACGUACAGCGCUUUCCGUUCUCCUCAAGAAUCCCAAAGGAUUCUUCCUCGUUGUCGAAGGAGGCAGGAUAGACCACGCCCACCACUACAACAACGCUUACCGAGCACUGGACGAAACCCUGGCGAUGGAAACUGCUCUUCUCGCGGCCCUGACAUUAGUAAACCCCAGCGAGACCCUGCUCGUCGUCACUUCCGACCAUUCGCACGUCCUUACGAUGGGGGGUCAAGCCACCCCCAGGGGUCACCCUAUCCUCGGGCCUGACAGCAAAGUGUCGGACAUCGAUGGUCAACCCUACACUACCAUCCUUUACGGUAACGGACCUGGUUACGCUACUCCUCGCAUCGUGCCCAUGAACACGACUUCCGCCAUGGAAGACCACAACCAGGUACACGCGGCUGCAGUUCCCAGGCAGUGGGGCACCCACGGUGGUGAAGAUGUACCCGUUUAUGCUUUAGGACCAUUGGCCACUACCCUGUUUACAGGCACGUUUGAUCAGAGCUACAUCCCACACGCCAUAGCGUACAGCGCGUGCCUAGGCGAGCACAGGCUGCGCUGUCAAGGCCUCGACAAUUACACGCUGCUUCCCGCGCAGAACUGCGCGUCAAUCGAAGCGUCCGGCGUUUCGGGCGCCGGUCAGCCCGUUGUUAUAGCGUCCAGCGUGAUGGCGGACGAUGGUGCCAGAAUCAAGUCGUCCGCGACGAAGUUUACUCUGAACUGUUUGCUGUGGGUGUGCGUGGCGUGCGCGUUGGAGCUGCGCGUGACGUAAUCGGUGGUGCUGUGCGCGUGCGCGGACAUCAGGGUGUCAGGAUUAACGAUAUUCUAAUCUGUACAUAGGGUGUUUGUCGGGACAAUAAUACGCGGACGUUAGAAGAAAUUUUGUAAAUACAAAGAGACCAAUUAAAUUUAUUGUAUAUACGUACAUGUAAAGGCGGAGGUUCGAUCGAAACGACUAGGGUGCGCUUUUUUCGAAUUUUCCGGGUGCCAAUUUCGACGAACGAAGCCGCACACUGGGGUAUUAAUGACAUAAAGCUGAUCGAAAACCGAAAUAUUAGCAAAACAAUUUACUUACAGUUUACUCUGCGUUAUUAGGCAUUUGUUUAUUUGAAUAAUUCGGUUGAUAGGUUUCAUAAAAAUUUACUAAAAUUUCCGAACUAACCAGCAAAUUAAUGUAAUUUAUGUAAUCUUGGUAAUUCAGAAUCUGCUUCAAAUUGUCUAAAUUAUGAAUGACAAAAAGAAAAUAAGCUUCUACAUUCAAAUAAAACCAUAAAUUUUUUAUGUGAAUAUUGGUGAUGUUUUUUUUUCUCAUACUUUGCAGUACCUAAUGAAUUUUUAUUAUAACAUGCUUUGCGAACUCCCUCGUGCCAUGUUCUAUUUGGACACCCUCUUUUUUUUCGGUGCUGUGGUAUCCAAUUCAUUGUUUGCUUAGGUAAUCUGUCGUUCGUACGCUGUACAUGGCCGAACCAGAUCAGUUAUUUUCUUUCGAUGUCAGUUACGAUUGUAUAUUGGAAUCCCAUUCGUUCCCGAAUACUUUGAAGUCUAGCUCUUCCCGCUGAUGCGGCCAAUCUUUGUCAUUCUUCAAGUAUCUGAACCAUACGUUAAGUUAGUUUUAGUUAGAGUGUUAUAUAUGGUGAAUUUCCUACGUUUCCAUAUAUUAUUACUCUACAGGAUUCCGCUCUGACAGUUAAUAGCUUUUCGUGCCUGUAUCAUUCUUGUUCUUGUUUCUUCGUCAUCUGAACAUAUUUUGUCUGGUGUACAGACUUUUAUUUCUUCUGAGUUAUCCAAUUGUAGGUUACCACAUUCUUUUCCUUUCCGUUUUUUCAACCUUCAUACUCAGUCCUGAAUCUUGAUAUUAUUGUAUUAUUGUCCAUAUUGGAUCUAAUAAUUGCGCCUCAUCUAAUUUCGAAAAAAUUAUAUUUUUGGAAUAUUUGGCGAUUGUAAGAUUUUUGCCUGCUUUUUGUAGAUUCAUUCUUCAAGAUUCACAUUUCCUAUAAAACGUUUUUCUGAAAACUGAAACCUGAAAACCCUGAAAAAUAAUUUCGAUCAGAAAAUGAUAUCAAGUACCCCACUGUGCGGAGAAUCGCGGCACAUUCCGAACUCAGUUGUAUCUACCGUGCACCGUGGAAGUAAAUAUGUGUUAAACGUUUUCCGAAAACUCUAUGUAAACUGUUACUUCGCGCGGACUUCCGUUCCGAAUAUCGAUGUUGACGUUUCUCCUUUUCUUUCGGAAAGAAUUACCGACGAUGGAAUAAAAUUAGU